AUGACCAACGAGCCUUGGUUCCUGCGGCCGCUUCUCCUGGGACCCGGAGAUAUGCCGCCCCCCGAAGGCCCGGACCCGGGGGUUCAGCCCUGUGGAGAAGCUUCGUGGUCCACGCAGCCCCCUGGCCCAUCGGGGGACCCACCGGCGGCGACUGCGGCGGAGGCCAAAGGCUCCCCUGGACCCCUGACCGAGCGCUCCACCUCUAACUCGACGCCACCUCCUCCCCGGCCUCUGAGCUCCGGACCCGGACCCGGUCCCGGUCCCCGGACGCGGGUUCCGCUGGACGUGGUGCUCAGCCCCAUCACGCAGCAGCUCCGGUACCUGCUCAAGAAGGCAGACGAUUUCCAGAGCUACCUUCUGUACAGCAGGGACCGUGUGCAAAAGGACCAGCUGGCCAAGGCCACGCCCACCUUUCUGCAGAUGUGUGAACCCUACUUCCUGUACCUGGAGGCGGCAGCCCGCAGCGUGCCCCCCAUCUAUGGCAGCAUGCAGGAGCUGGUCCGGAAGGGGCUCUUGAGUAUCUCCCAGCAGCUGACCCUGCGCCUGGAGCAGCUGGUUCUCAUGUAUGCGUCCUUCGGGUUCGUGGAUCUGGAGGAAAGCAACCCCCUGAGCAUCUCCUGCUUUUUUUGCGGCCGGUUCUCCAUCAGUCCUUCCCAUGAGGUCACCAUCUUCCGUUACUGCGCCCCCGCGGCCUACACCGCCAGCCGCUUUCCCCGGUACCUCUAUAAGAAGAUGCGCUGGAACCUGGAGAAAGUGCCAGACCCCACCUGCAGAGGCCAAGAGCCCAGCGUGGAGUACUACUUCCUGUGCUACCGAGACACGUGGGAGGACACGGGGCAGAGUCCGGCCAAUUCGUGCCCGCAGAUUCAGAAGCUGUGGUCCAUCGGCCGAUGGGUGCCCCUUGUCCCCGCAGAGGACGACCUUUACUCCUGGAUCUUGUGUCCGCAGCCACUCGGCGACUACCAGCAGCUGCUGACCAUCGGGUUCGAGGAGCCAUCGCACAUACUGGCCACCGACCUGCUGGUCCAGAUCCUCACGGGCCAGGCGGGCCCGACGAGACCCCCCAGCGCAGAUGCGCCCCCGACGGCCUGGCCCGCACUGGGGUCUUGA